AUGGUUCGCAAAUCGCACUGCGGCUACGGUUUCUUUCUAAUCAUUGGCUUCCUUCUCACUCUUGUCGCCAUCUUCACUCCCGGCUGGCGUAGUUAUAAAGAUAAGGAAACAUACGAUGACAUAUUCCUCUGGGAUCAUGUAAUUUUAGGCAACGGAGCACCGGAUCUUGGUUUAAUUUCAAGAUACUGUGGACAAGGCGUCAGAGAAGUGAAUCAAUACGAUUGUAAAUCCUAUGGAAGAUUCCAACUUCCAUUUGAGAAGACUACUUUGGCAUUCAUGAUAAUUGCAAUUAUUUUCGAAGUUGUCUCGAUUGGAUGUUUCAUCGGAUUGUUCUCUCCACGUGCAAGACUCGGAAUGCCCGCUUUCAGUGUUACUGGACUCGCCUUCUUCAGUCUUUUCGUGGCGAUUGUAGUGUACGGAGUCAGGAUGCAGUAUAAAAUUUUAUACCUCCAAUCCACUUCAUACGAGCUCCUUGCAAACGUCUACCUUGGAUACUCCUAUUGGAUCGCUGUAAUUGCUGCAAUUUGCAUGUUAAUUGCAUCAAGUCUAUCUGGAACAUUGAUCGGCCCUGCAGAGAAUACUGAUCAUUUACACUAA